GAUCGGGUGGUGGGGGUGCCGGAGGGAUAGGCCGCCGGAGACGGCGGCAACGGGGAGGAGGCGGAGAUGGCGCUGUUCCGGAGGCUGUUCUACCGGAAGCCGCCCGAUCGGCUCCUCGAGAUCGCAGACCGCGUCUACGUAUUCGAUUGUUGCUUCUCGACAGACACCAUGGACCAGUUCAGAUACAAGAAUUACAUGGACAGCAUCGUGUUGCAGCUCCGUGAGCAGUUUCCAGAUUCUCCACUGAUGGUACUGAACUUCAGAGAUGAAGGGAAAAGCCUGGUUACAGGCUUGUUCUCCAUGUACAGGAUUACAGUCAAAGAUUACCCCUGCCAGUACUUAGGAUGCCCAUUGCUUCCUUUGGACAUCAUCAUCCACUUCCUGAGGCUGAGUGAGAGGUGGCUUAUGCUCGAAGGGAAGCAAAACAUUCUGCUAAUGCACUGUGAGAAAGGUGGAUGGCCAGUGCUGGCAUUUAUGCUUGCAGCUCUUCUUCUGUACCGGAAACAGUAUAAUGGGGAGCAAAGAACUCUAGACAUGGUCUACAAGCAAGCACCCAAGGAGCUUCUUCAGAUGUUAACAACAUUAAAUCCGCAGCCUUCUCAUAUUCGAUAUCUGCAGUACAUAUGCAAAAUGGACUAUGAGUUGGGGUGGCCCUCAGAACCCAUUCCUUUCACCCUGGAUUGUGUUAUUCUUAGAGGAGUUCCAAAUUUCGAUGGAGUAGGUGGUUGUAGGCCAAUAGUUAGAGUAUAUGGACAGGAUAUUCUAACAGCUGAUAAAAGUCGCAGUGCUCUUGCAACACCAUUCAAAUCCAAGAAACAUGUUAGGCGUUACAGACAGGCAGACAACAUGCCGGUGAAGUUAAAUGUGGGAUCCUGCGUCCAAGGUGAUGUGGUCCUUGAAUGCUUGCAUGUGGAUGAUGGCCUAGAAAAUGAAAGAUUAAUGUUUAGGGUGAUGUUCAAUACCUUCUUUAUCCAGUCUCACAUUUUACAGUUGAACUUUGAGGACAUUGAUGUCUGUUGGGAUGCUGAUCAACGGUUCACAAAGAACUUCAAAGCGGAGGUACUCUUUUCAGAGAUCAGUGCUGAAUCCGAUGCGUCUACUGAAAUUGGAUCCGAUGAUGAUGAAGAUGAGGAUGACUGUGGUGAUGAGAUAGAAGUUGACUCUGGUGAUGAGUUCUUUGAAGCCGAUGAAAUCUUCAGUAAUCCUGAUUCACAUGAUGGACACAAGGAUGCAGAAACUCUUUCAAUAUCUUCUACAGAUUGUACUCCAGGUGCUGAAGCCAGGAAAAUCUCACCAUUUUCCAGUCUCGAGUUGAAUAGUGAUAUUGAUGGGUCACGACAAAAUAAGCCUUCGCCGUUUGAAAUACUAAAUGAUGAGGAGGCAUGCACAUCUGUUGAUACCAACAUUAUGCACGAAGACACCACCAGAGUAGUGUCAAGUUUGGAAAGUACAACAGAUGGAGGCAGAGACAGCAGCACUUCGAGUUCUGCUAUUUACAAAGAUAAAGAUGAUGGCUGCUCAGUUGAAAACAUCAGUCCCAGGCAGGACAGAACAGUUGAUCCCAAGCAAGACUCGAUUCAUACUGAUAAUGUGUUGGUCAAAGAGGUGAUUAUAUUAGAAACGAAUAGUCCAAAGGACAUACAGAUGAUCAAGGAAGUUAUCAUAUCUGAAGUCACCACCCCAAAACAAGUGCUGCCGGGGGAUACAGUGGAGAUGGAAUUAGGCAAUGCAGUCGACAUUUCAGAAAACAUUACAUUGACAGAGGCUGAUAAUACUGAAGGACUUGACUUUGUUCUCAAACAGGAUGAUGGAGAUAGUCCAAUAGAAGAACGUGUUACUUAUGUCAAUGACACCAAUCAAGAGGACAACAGUAAUAUCGAACAGCCUAGCACCAGUGACACAAACGUUCUAGUGAUUGAGCUCACAAAUGAGAAUAACAGGGUGGAGCUUUCAUUGUUAGGGAAACCACAUCCGCACAGCACAAGUGAUACCCUGAUUUUAAGUUCUGGUGAGCAAAAUGUUGAGCAGUCUGAUGCAUCCAAUAGUAAUGGGACUGCAGAACAAACAGAGGGAACGGAAGCUUCAAUAUCCAACUCGACAGGCCAACCUUCGAAUAUUUCUUCUAUGGAUAUGCUGCCUGGUGGAUUUAGCUUAGCAGCAGAUGGUGCUCUAACUCAUCCCAGUGCAAGUGCAGUUACAGCUGACUCAUCUCGCCUUGUGCUAAAGAAAAAAACUUUACUUCCUUUGUCAAGUAUUUUUGCUCCAUCAACUCCCAGGCGGCGUAAUCUGCUUCGUUCAGCAUCGACAGAUUUGUCCUUUCUAUCUCCAUUGCAAACAGAAUCAAAUCAGAAGUCUGUUCCUUCUACAAGCGGAAGAGAUGUUUUUGCUACACCUUCUGUGUCUCCACCAGUCCAAUCCGCUACAUCUCUGAGACCAUCAAAAGUAUUAUCUCUAGUAAAUCCCCCAUUACGACCAAUCAAAACUGUUUCAUCUUUACCUUCAACUUCAUUUGAAGCAUAUAUAGAGAUGUCAACUUCCUAUUCUCCAACAUCGCAUGCCAACCAUCAACUGCAUGUUAACCCUUAUCCUCCCUGCAUACCACCACCUCCAAAACUUCACCUAGCAAAGACACAGGGAAAGGAUUUACAUCCAGGUAGUCUAGCUUUCCCUGCUCCCAACAGGUAUGCAUCUCACCCUCCAGCUCCACCUCCACCUCCACACACUCUUUGUAGACAAACUAUUCUCAACUUAGGUGUUUCGUCUCUAACCUUACCACCCAAAAGUAGUAUAGCGAUGACAGAAUUGCCACGUAAGGAUAGUGAAUCAGAAAUAUCUCCAUCUCAUGGAACAAAUGAUCCUUCAAGUUCAAAAUUUGAAGAAGAAUUGGAAGCAUGCAAGGAGUUCUUGCCGUGUGAAAUGAUCGACGAAAUGUCGCCCUCCACGGCUCAUAGAAAAGAACAUGGAGCCAUUCCAACCCCACCAAAUCCACCAAUUUGCAGCUGGCAUAGGGGAAUUUCACAAUCCCUUACCUCUCAACCUUGUCGUUCCCCUUCACCACCGCACCUGUCCUUGCUCCCAUCUCCGCAACAUUUGCCCUCACCUUCGCCUCCACCCUCAACACAAUCCUUGCUUAUACCUUCAAGAACACAUGCGCCAGCUCCCCAUUUACCUCAUUCACCAGCUCUUCAUGUAAACAGUAUAUCAUUGCCGUCUCCACCACCACCACCACCACCUUGUCCUAGCGGAAUUGUUGCACCUGUGUCUUUAUGUUUACCUCUGCCCUUUUCAAGAGAAGAUUCAACAAGCGAAUGUUUGGCUGCUCCACCUCAAUCUGUACCCCCACAUCUUCCAUCUCUUCCUAGAAAUAAUGCAACUCCACCUCCACCACCUCCACCUCUGCCUAGAGAACAUGAAGUGAUUUGCCCCUUGCCUCCAAUUUCACCUAAAAGGCAUGUCGCACCGUCACCUCCACCACCUCCUCUUGGACGACAUCAAGUGCCAUCGUAUCCUUCCUUUUCCGAGGAUCAUGUAAUAGCUCUGCCUCCACCUCUGACAAGGGAUGCCAUAAUACCGCUGCCACCACCACCUCCACCCCCACCUAGAGAGAGCACACAGGAGUUCCCUUCAUCAGAAUGUCAAGUUGGAACUCCAAUUCCAUCACCGCAUCCUUCUUUUGAUGGAAUGGAAAGAAUUCCACCUCCACUUUCUCCUGAAGGAAGUAAAAGAACUCCACAGCCUUCUCUUACUGGAGGACCAGAAGGGACUCCAGUACAAAAUGGAUUUCAAAGUGGAGCUCCAUCGCCGCCGCCACCCCUUGGAGGAUAUGGAGGGACAUCUCCACCUCCUCGUGGAGCAUGUGGAGCAUGCGGAGCUCCAUCGCCGUCGCCACCCAUUGGAGGAUAUGGAGGGACAUCUCCACCUCCUCACGGGGUAUGUGGAUUGGCUCCGCCGCCGCCUCUUCCGGGAGGGAUACCUCCACCUCUGCCGCUACUUCCUGGGGCACAUGGAGGAGCUCCACUGCCGCCGCCACUUCCCGGGGGAUGCGAAGGGGCUCCUCCACCUCCUCCACUACCUCCUGGAACAUAUGGAGGGGCUCCGCCGCCGCCGCCACCUUCUGGAGGGGCACCCCCACCUCCUCCUCCACCCGGUGGCGGAGGAGUUCCACCUCCACCACCGCCUAUUGGAGGACUGGGAGGAACACCAUCUCCUCCACCUCCCGCUGGAUUUCGAGGUGGAGCUCCGUCUCCUCCUCCUCCUCCCGGAGGGUAUGGAGUGUCUCCACCACCGCCUCCUCCUAGAGGGCACGGAGGAGUAGGUGGCCCUCCUCCCCCUCCAGGUGCACCUACUCCUCCAAUGCCCCCUGGAAGACCUGGUGGCCCACCACCGCCUCCUGGAUUACCCGGUGGGCCCCCUCCACCACCUGGAGUACCUGGUGGCCCCCCUCCGCCUCCCGGUGGGCGAGGUGGGCCCCCUCCACCUGGUGGAAGAGGUGGGCUUACUCGUUUGGGCUCAAACUCAACUGCAAUACGGAAGUCAUCUCUAAAACCACUGCACUGGGUCAAGGUAACAAGAGCAAUGCAGGGAAGUUUAUGGGCAGAACUUCAAAAGCAAGCAGAUGCUGAUAGCAAUUCCGAGUUCGAUGUGAAUGAACUGGCGUCUCUUUUUACUAUUGCACCAAAGACAAAAGGCGGUUCGAAAUCAGAAGGGGCUGGAAAAUCUCUUGGUUCGAAACCUGAUAAAAUUCACCUGAUCGAUAUAAGACGGGCCAAUAACACAGAGAUCAUGUUGACAAAAAUCAAAAUGCCACUCUCCGAUAUGAUGAGUUCUGCUCUGGCUUUGGACGACUCAGUUUUAGACGCUGAUCAGGUUGAAAAUCUCAUAAAGUUUUGUCCAACAAAAGAGGAAAUGGAGCUUCUAAAGAACUACACCGGAGACAAGGACAGUCUUGGAAAGUGUGAGCAGUUCUUUCUAGAAUUGAUGAAGGUGCCAAGGGUUGAAUCGAAGUUUAGGAUAUUUGCAUUCAAGAUCCAGUUUCAGUCACAGAUUAGGGAUGUUAGAAGGAAUUUGCAGACUGUGGCAUCAGCUUGUGAGGAGCUCAGAGGCUCUGAGAAGCUGAAGGUGAUCAUGAAGAACAUUCUGUUAAUCGGGAACACAUUAAAUGAAGGAACACCAAGAGGCCAGGCUGUCGGUUUCCGCUUGGACAGUAUCCUAAAACUUGUAGAGACCCGUGCAACCAGCAGCAGAACAACACUAAUGCACUUUCUUUGCAAGUCCCUCGCAGGGAAAUCACCAGAACUACUGGAUUUUCAUGAGGAUCUUGGUAGCUUGGAAGCUGCUUCGAAGUUGCAACUGAAAGCAUUGGCGGAGGAACAGCAAGCAGUUGUAAAAGGUCUAGAGAAAGUUGAACAGGAACUAACUGCUUCAGAAAGUGAUGGGCCAGUUUCUGAUGCUUUCCGUAAGACUUUAAAGGAGUUCCUUGAUGCUUCUGGUGCUGAUGUACGCGCCCUAUCAGCACUCUAUGUUGAAGUUGGUAGAAGUGCAGAUGCACUUUCCCUUUAUUUUGGAGAAGACCCUGCAAAAUAUCCUUUUGAGCAAGUUGCUUCGACCCUUCUAACCUUCGUGGGGUUAUUUCGGAAGGCACAUGAGGAGAAUCUGAAGCAGAUUGAGGCUGAGAGGAAGAAAGCACUGAAAGAAGCAGAAAAGGAAGCAAGCCAGGACAGAACUCCUGUAAAAUCAAAAGAUGGAUUUGCAGACAGAUCACCAAGGUCACCCUUCAAAUGAUGAUAUCUGCCCCGCAACUUGGAUGUGGUCAUCGGUUUUCCCCUCAACAGACCGACCUCUGCUAGCCAUGCGGAUCUUCAGGAGGCUCGACUGUCGCCGAAUGCAUGGCUUCCUUGGGGACAUCUUAUGCUUACAAGACAAGAUAUACUUUUGGUUGGGACAUCCAUGUUUGAUUGCACAUGACACUGUACAAAGCUAACCCAAUACCUAACGUAGGCCCCCCUGUACAGAAUAUCUCUGUUUACACUAGACGUAGCAGCAGGAGUAGGCCAGUUGUUGUAAACUAGGAAAGUGUAAGAAAUGGUGAGUAGCUCAAAAGAAAUAGAAGAGGAUUAGAGUUACCACAGGACUAACAGGCAGUUUUCUAACCAUAGAUUGACACCCCUGUAGCCCAACCCAGUGAUCCUACAAGAUGUGAUGAUACGAUCCUGUGCAGUCAUGCUUUUCAUUUGUAUAUGGUGAUCUUUGGUCAUUUAUGUUCCGAAUCCA